AUGGAUGUAAUAGAAGUUCAACGGUUAGAACGAAUUAGCACCCAUUCUCACAUUAAAGGCUUGGGUGUAGAUGGAAGACUUGAAAUUGAAAAUGCUAAUGUGGGUUUAGUGGGCCAGGAACAUGCUAGGAAGGCUGCAAAAAUCAUUGUUCACAUGAUAAAAUCUGGUAAAAUUGCUGGCCGUGCAAUACUUCUUACUGGUUAUCCGGGUACUGGAAAAACUGCUAUUGCAUUAGCUAUUGCUAAGGAAUUGGGACAGAACACCCGCUUUACCCAUAUUACUGGUUCAGAAGUCUACUCCCUUGAACUAUCAAAAACAGAAUCUCUUACCCAAGCUAUAAGGCGAUCAAUUGGCGUUACAAUAAAUGAAGAGUGUGAGAUUAUCGAGGGUGAAAUUGUGGAGAUUGAGAUAAACCGAUUUUCACCAAGGGACAACCCAUCAACAUCAGCUGGUGGCAAUUCAUCUUUACUUAUUGGCAAUUCUAAUAACGUUCAAAUAUGGCCAAGUGGCGGCAAUUCGGGUAAUUGUGGUAAAAUAACUAUCAAAACUACCGACAUGGAGACCAUGUACGACUUGGGCAGUAAAAUGAUUGAUUCAUUUAUUAAAGAGAAAAUAACUGCCGGCGAUGUGAUAUCCAUAGAUAAAUCCACUGGUAGAAUUACAAAGCUGGGUAGAUCUUACUCUAGAUCAAAGGAUUACGAUGCUUUGGGACCACAUAUUAAUUUUAUACAGAUAUUAAUCCAGUGUCCAAAUGGAGAACUCCAAAAACGAAUUACUCGAGUGCACAAUGUGUCUUUGCAUGAAAUUGACGUAAUAAACAGCCGUACCCAAGGUUUUUUAGCCCUUUUUGCUGGGGAUACCGGGGAGUUAAAAAAUGAAGUGAGGGAACAGAUUGAUGCCAAAGUGGCCGAAUGGCAAGAUGAUGGAAAGGCUACUGUAACACAAGGCGUGCUAUUCAUUGACGAGGUACAUAUGUUGGACAUUGAAUGUUUUUCAUUCCUAAACAGAGCCCUUGAGAGCUCCCAAGUGCCAAUUGUUAUUAUGGCCACAAAUAGGGGUAUCACCCGCAUUAGGGGGACUGAUUAUAAAGCUCCACAUGGAAUACCACUGGAUCUCCUCGAUCGCACACUUAUAAUACCUACUUAUCCUUACAACAAUGAAGAGACACUUAAUAUCAUCGAGGAGCGAGCCAUUGAGGAGCAAGUUGAUAUAGAAGAUAAUGCAAAGCAAUUGUUGUGCCUAAUUGCCCAGGAAAAAUCACUCAGAUAUGCAUUGCAACUUAUUACUAUCGCACACGUGGCAUCAAAAAGAUCAAAGCAUCCCAAAGUCAUGGUUUCUGAUGUGGAAAGAUCUUAUGGGCUAUUUUUGGAUGCCAAGAGAUCACUUGAAUAUCUGAUGACCCAUAGUGGGGAUUUCAUGUUUUCGGAGCUGGAUCAGUCGAAUAAUCAAAAUACCCAAGAUAACAAUGGUAGAAUAGAAAUUGAGAUGUAG